ACUACCAACGCUGAGCGCUAGUAUUUAAGUGUCCAACAACACACUCACGGAGAAAGCGUUCUCCGUUCAUCCCCGAUCUCCGAGCCCCUUCACUUCACUGACCAACAGCGCUGAGCAUUGCAGAGAAAGCGUUCCAAGUUCCAACCCCCAUCUCCCAAUUCCUCCUUCGAUUCGUCGCCACCGUUCUGUCUGUCGUCCUGGUGCAGAACAACACCAACACAAUAUUAGCAGCAAUGGCAACCAUAAGAGCUUCUCAAUUUGUUUCAACAAGUGCACACAUUAAUUGUAGAGGGACGUCCACAACAUUAGUGCCACUUCCACAAAUUGGGUUCAGGAACCAAUUCGCCGUGACUCACCAUGGAUUAAGAUGUUUGAACAAAGUUGAUAUGUUAAAGAUGAGGGGCAACGUUAACGCAAUCACAAGCAAGGCAACAAGGACAAAGGGAUCGACAGUUGAUGUUGCCAGCUGCAAGGAGAGCAGUGUCAUCAGAUGUACAGGUGGAAUGAUGAAGUUGGUGUUUGUUGGAGCAGAGGUAAGUCCAUGGAGCAAAACAGGCGGACUUGGUGAUGUUCUUGGAGGACUGCCACCAGCUAUGGCGGCCAACGGUCACCGUGUUAUGACUGUGAGUCCACGCUAUGACCAGUACAGUGACGCAUGGGAUACUAGUGUCUUAAUUGAUAUAAAAGUUGGGGAUAGAGUUGAAACUGUUCGCUUCUUCCACUGCUACAAACAAGGAGUUGAUCGCGUUUUUGUGGAUCACCCUCUGUUCCUUGAGAAGGUAUGGGGGAAAACUGGAUCCAAAAUUUAUGGUCCCAGGGCUGGAGAGGAUUACAAGGAUAACCAGAUUCGGUUCAGCUUAUUAUGCCAGGCAGCUCUAGAAGCACCAAGAGUUCUGAAUCUCAACAGCAGCAGCAAUCAUUUCUCUGGACCAUAUGGUGAUGAGGACGUUUUGUUCAUUUGUAAUGAUUGGCACACUGCUCUUCUCCCAUGCUACCUGAAAACUAUGUACAAAUCUAAGGGAAUAUACACAAAUGCUAAGGUUGCUUUCUGCAUACACAACAUUUCCUACCAAGGAAGAUUUCCCUUUUCAGAAUUCUCACUUCUCAACCUCCCUGAUGAGUUCAGGGGUUCUUUUGAUUUUGUGGAUGGCAAUCUUAAGCCUGUUAAAGGAAGGAAAAUCAAUUGGAUGAAAGCCGGCAUAUUAGAAUCAGAUCAGGUGUUGACUGUCAGCCCAUACUAUGCACAAGAACUUGUUUCCGGCAUGGCAAAAGGUGUGGAAUUGGAUAACAUCAUUCGCAAGACUGGCAUUACUGGUAUUGUGAAUGGCAUGGAUGUUGAGGAGUGGAACCCAGCCGCAGACAAAUAUAUCAGUAUUAGAUAUAAUGCUGCAACUGUUAUGGAUGCAAAACCACUUCUCAAGGAAGCAUUGCAAGCAGAAGUCGGUCUGCCGGUAGACCGAAAUAUCCCUGUCAUAGGCUUCAUUGGUAGACUUGAAGAGCAGAAAGGUUUGGAUAUUCUAUCAACAGCAAUUCCCAAAUUCAUCCAAGAGAAUGUUCAGAUAAUAGUCCUCGGAACUGGCAAAAAGUCCAUGGAGAAGCAACUUGAGCAACUAGAGAUUAAAUAUCCUGAGAAGGCCAGAGGAAUUGCCAAAUUCAAUGUUCAUCUGGCCCAUAUGAUCAUAGCUGGUGCUGAUUAUAUGCUGAUCCCAAGUAGAUUCGAACCAUGUGGUCUCAUUCAGUUGCAUGCUAUGCGCUAUGGAACCAUGCUCGACAAGCUGGCCAAGACAUCUUCUUGUGUUGUCGGCCUCUGUGACAAAAUGGAGCUUGAGGCCAACUUGGAGGCUAAGAGGGAGCAACUAAGGACCACUAGGGCCUCACUGGAUGAGGCAGAGCAGAGGCUUCAGGAGGUGUUCGCCCGAGCUGUGGAGGAGUACAAGGCCUCCAAGGCCCACAAGGAGGAAUUGGAUGAGUUCGGCGCCACUUCCUAUCUGGAAGGGAUCGAGGAUACCCGGUCUCAAGCGUUGGCGUUCUUCCCCAACUUAAACAUCAACCAGCUAGGUCCAUGCCUUCUGAGCCAGCAUGUAUUUGAGGUGGCAGGCGCGACCAAGGGCCAGGGCAACGUUGAACAACCCAUGGAACAGGAGGCGGCAACCAACGAGCAUGUCAACAUUGAGGCCAAGUGA